AUGGCGCAGGGACGGGUCGACGUUACUCUGCUUCCGAAUCUACCGGCUGCGGGAGAGAAGGAGCAGAAGGAAGGGAGCACGCUGUUCGGGCCAAACAUUGGGAUCGUCAGCACUGGGCCAGCGUGGACGGAGCAGCCAUCGAGGAAGUCGGCGGCUGAUGACUUGACUCCGGAGGUCAUCAGAAGUUGGGUGGAGAAGAGCAAACAGACCUCACAACCGACGACCACGCUGCAAGCUCUAGUAAACCUCAAACGACCCACCAUAAGACUUACUCCGUUCAAGGACGAAAGCUCAGAUGAUCCCACACAUUUGGAUCCCGAGCACCACCACGGGCUCGAAUUCGAGUACGACUGUGAUGCCCCCAAAUGUGGCAUCUACGUCUAUGUCGUUCUCCCGUCCGAUCACCCGCUCGCAAACGAGAAGAACACAGAAGACGGCUUUGCCCGUGUCCUUGUCUUCGAGAGCGUCACCGAGGGCGGGUUUGGCAAAUUCCUCAAACACGAAGACGGGGCUAUGUUGGAGCUCGCGCGGUUUGAGAACGGCGGUGCUACGGAUACCAACGCAACUAGCCCGGCGGAAGACCCGUCGGCGUCCUCAGUAGACGUGCAGGGCCAGAGCGCACCACCCGCCGAAGCCGACAUCACGUCGGCGCGGAGCACGGAACGCAAGAGGCGGUUCUCAGCCUUCCCCUUCCGCAAGCGGCACGCCCAGCGGGCCGUUGCAGGCCCUGCGCUCGCUGUCGUCGACGCGCAGCCCGCGGCACCGACGGUCCCUGACACUCCGGACGCCGAACCGUCGGAGAACAAGGAAUUGGCGCACGGCAGCGACGCUUCUGACAACGAGGGCGUCAGGGUUGCCAUCAAGCUCGUCGCACUGGACGAACAGGGGAAGCCUUUGGAUAUUGCGAACGAGCAGGUGACGUAUCUCCACAUUGUGAGGUUCGGCGCGCCCCCCGUGAAGGUCGACGACCUCCCGGCUGAGGAAGACAAGAGACCUUGGGUGGUGAAGGUCGUCAAGCGCGAAGCCACAAUUGGCUCUCACACAUUCCACCUGCACGAGAUAUACGGGCUGUCCUCGUAUUCGUCGACCCCGUCGCAACCGGUUGCACCUACCGCCUCUCCCACUACUCACACCUACCCCCCGGCGCCGGCGCCUGGGUCCUAUGAGGAUGAACCUUCGUCUGAAUGUCUGGUCUGCUUGUCGUCUCCCCGCGAAGUCGUCUUGCUCCCGUGUCGCCAUUUAGUGGCGUGCAAGGAAUGUGCGAUCAACAUGGUCGAGUUUGGUGCGGGAGGUGCCAUAGUGCACAACGAGGAAUCUACUGGCAAUACGGAGAGUGCAGCUGCAAGCGGAGAUGGCAGUGCAGGGGACGGUGCCCCCGGUGCGCCUGUCAGUGAAGCGGCUGCACCCCAACCUACGCCGAGAAGGAAGAGAAAGGCCAAGGGAUGGUUCUGCCCUGUCUGCAGACAACCGUACACGUCGUUGCUCCGCAUCACAACCGCACCCCCUGCGUCCAAGGAUAUGGAUAAGCGAGCGUCGACAUCAACGGAGGGCGGGGACACGCCCGCUGAGACCUCACCCUCUAUCCCCGCCGCGCUGCCACCAGCUGCUGCAGCUCCCGCUUCCCGAGGGUCUCUGAUCACCGCCCCUGCAUUCCUCCGAAACAUAUCGUUCCGAGGCAACAAUGCAGCUUCCCCUACGUUGCCUCCUGAUCUGGAGAGAGGCCAGGGACCCCAGACGGCCGCUCCUGCUUCUGCUGCGUAA